AUGAACUGGGUAAUAACUCACACCCACUGUCAUUGGCUCGCAGGCACUGUUCACAGAAAUCAAACUCUUCAUUUUGUCACAGAACGUUUGGGCUUCGUUCACUGGGUUGGUGAUAUGAAAGGAAGUAUUGAGGAACUUUAUGUUACCGUGACUGAGUUGCAAAGUGCAGUUACUGGUUUGGAUUACAAGCUAGGUUCCAUUUCAGAAAAGCAGGGAAAGAUGGUUUCUCCAAUUAAGUUGAUGAUUGGAGAGGAAGAAAAGUUCCAAGGAAAAGCAUUGGCCCUAUCCCAUACAAAGAGUGCAAUCAGUACGAUAAAGCAGAAAUUCAGUGAGCAACAGCUACAAACCUUCGAAGAGAGUUGUUUUGGUCAUCUCCUACUAAUUGAGGACCUGAAGUGGACGUCGCCAAUUGUACACGGAUUGUUGCUGAGAAAGGCUGAUCCGAAGACUGUUUCCCAAGUGAAUGGGAUCAAAUUCAUCGUUGGCAAUAAGGUGAUCCAAUUCACACCGCAACAAUUUUGCAUCGUCACAGGGCUAAGGUUUGGAAACCUUCCUUUUAUUCCGAUUCCUAGUAAUGAGAACUGCUCAUUGAAAAGGAAGUACUUUGGCAACAAUAAAACAGUCAGCCUUUUGGAAUUAGAAAAAUCCUUCCACGACUGCGCUGAUGCAGACGAUGUAUUGAAGCUCGGAUUUGUAUACUUUGCUGUGUUUGUGCUGUUGGGCAGUGAAAAACAUGUCCACAUUGACAUGCGAUAUUUGAAGUUGGCGGAAGACCUUGAAGAGUUUGGGAAAUAUCCAUGGGGUGCUGUGUGUUAUGCCAAGACAAAUACGUUACUUCUGAGGGCACUUUGUGCAGAUUACCAAUGA